AUGCAGGCUUGGCCAUGCAUGGUGGCAUCUAGGCCAUCCAGGAAAACCUUCUUGGAGCCUCCUCAUUCUCAUCAGCACCUUCCUGUCACCGUCUCCGUGUCCGCUGGUCUAGAGAAGAAUGCCUUCACCCAACCGUGCUGUGAAGAUGUGGCCUUUGCCUUGGAGGAGGACAAAACCUUGUUGAAACUGGACCUCAAGAAGAACAAACUGCAGGACAAGGGCAUUUCCCGCUUAUUAAGAGCACUGGGGAGCCCAAGGUGCAUGAUACAGAAAUUAGGGCUCCACAGCUGCAGUCUCUCAGAUGGCUCCUGUAAGCAACACUCAUCCGCUCUUGCCAAGAUCUCCAGCCUCCGGCGUCUGAAUCUGUGUGGGAAUAUUUUCACUGACCGAUGCGCUGCUGACAUGAAGAUCCUCAUCCAGAGAUAUCCCAGCCUCACUGAGAUCACAUGCUUCAGCUCCUCCUGCCCGUCCAUCCGUGCAUGGUGGGAUUUGUCAUGUGUGUGUAGAUCUGCGCUGCACACAUUACCGUUCGUGCUGGUUGCCUUGAUGGGGCCACCUUCAUCCAGGUGUUACGGGCCUGAAGGACUGUCUCCAAAAUAGGUGCUUCCCUCUGAGCUGGUCAUUGAGGGCUUUCCUCAGAUCUGGCAAUAUGGGAAAGAGUUAUUUUCAGCUGAAAAUUGGCCUCCUUAGCCACCGCUCCAGAAGGACACAGCCCUGAGCAGUCAACUUCGAUAUCCCAGGGCAUCUCCUGUGGCACCAGAUCCACAGGUCAGGCUGAAGCCCCUGCGUGGGGUUUCGUUUGGGGGCUGCAGACCCCUACACGUGCCUCCGUACCGGCAGUGGUGCCGGGAGAACCAUGCGGCUCACCCUGAAGUACAAACCUGUUCCUGCUCAGUUCCCGGCGGACCGGCAUGCUCCAACCUUCGCUCUUGGUUCGGAAAAUCCCCGUCCUGCAGGUUGCUGGAGGCAGCAAGGGUGAUACUGGGGGCGAUCACCACGCGCGAGCCCGCUUCCUACACGCUUUCUCUAAGCUCCUGCUUUUGGCGCCUGCUGCAAACAGUCGUGCAGAAGUAGCUGAGGUUUGGUGUGACCCAGGAGCUCCGAAGCCGCCUCGCCGAGCGUCACCCUCGUUCUCCAAGGCCUCCGCAGCUUCGCUUCCCGGGUGCUCCGCGAGGAUAAGCUCGCCCCGCGCCUGGGGGUACCAAGGUCCAAGCGAACGCUCAGGCGCCUUCACGAAGGCAGGAAGCGAAGCCGAGACGUGGCGCCGGGCGGCAUCGGCUCGGAGCCGUAACACCCGGAGAAGGAAGCAGCUCCCGUUGCGCGAGACGUAAUUACUUUGAUUGCAGCCCCAAAAGGGGCGGCAGAAUCGGGCCUUGCCCUGGCCCAGGGGCACAUGUUUUGGCGCCGGUGCCAUCUCGUGUGAUGCAAGAGCCUUUGCGAUCCUUACUGCUGUCCUCCGGCUCGGGUUUAGCCGUUGGGCGCAAACGAUUGAUCUGCAAAACGCCGUGCGCUGCCUCGCUCGGCUUUUUUCUCCUCCGGCCGCGGCCGGAGACGCUGUUGUGCAAGAGCAUCGGCGGGGGGAGCCGGUGCAGCUGACUCCGAUCCCGGCCGGCUGCUGCUUUCCGGGAAGAGCCUCCUGGAAAUCCCCGCGGCCUCCCGGUUUGGGCACGGGCCGGGAGAAAAGGCUCUCGUGGCUGGAGGGGCCAGCGCAAGGGCAGGGGAUGGGAGCGGGAUGAGGGGACCGGUGCCACCGGGGGCGACGCGAAGGUGUGGGGGACGCUGCCGGGCAGCACCCGUGGCCUUGCAAAGGGGACGUGGAGCUGCCUGGUGCCCCUGGCACCCGUUAGCGCCCGGGCAGUGGUGCCAGCUGCCAAUUCCUGCAGAGGGGCAAUGCCAGUGCGGGGCAAUUUUUGCAUGAAGUAAUCGCUCUACGGGGUCUUGCACGGGGCAAUUCCUGCACGGAGGAAUCCAUGCAUGGGGCAAUUCCUGCAGGGGCAAUGAGUGCGUGAACACGCAUGUGCACAUGUGAGGACGUGUGUGCAUGCAUGAGCACGUGUGCCCAUGCUCGUCCUUGCAUCUGUGUGCACUCCUGCAUGUGCAAGCCUUCAUGUAUGUGCAUACAUGUAGGCGUUUGCUUGCAUGCGUGUGGCCAUGUGCGAGGGGCAGAGGAUGUGCACGCAGGCACGCGUGUGCUUGUGAGCAGCAGCGUGAAUGCAUCCGUGUCGGUGUUUGGCUGCCUGUGUGCGCUCGCAUGCGUGUGUGUGCAAGGAGUGCACGCAAGCAAAUGUGUACGCGUGUUUAUGUGGCUGUGUACACGUGUACGUGUGCGUGCGUGUUUGUGUGGGGUGCAUGCACAUGUGUGCUUGCAUGUUCGCACGUGGGGUGCACGCACACGCAAGUGCGUGUGCCUGCUUGCAUGUAAGGUGCAUGCGUGCAUGUUUUCUCACACAUGGUGUGUGCAUGCGUGUUUGCACGUGCAUUGUGUGCAUACAUGCACACGCGUAUGCGUUUUCUCAUGCGUGUGUGCGUGCCUGUUUGCAUGCAGAGUGCACGCAUACACACGUGUGCACGCAUGUCUGCACGUGGAGUGCAUGCACACAGACGUGCCAUGCCGUGCCUGGUUCUUUAUUUAUUUAUUCAUCUAUUUAUGUAUUUAUGUAUGUAUUUAUUUAUUUUAUAUUAUCUUUAUUUAUUCUUCUUUUGCUCCGGCCCUUGCACCCGAUGAGCCUUUCCAUCGCCACCUAAUAACACACAUUCGCCCUUCGUGGUUGCCUCCGAUCUCUAUCCGGGCUUGGUCUUCGCAUCCGAUGGGGACGGGGACACACUCGGGGGACAGCGGCAGUUGCCACCACCGCAGCGUCAGUCCCCUGCCCCAUGGCUCACAGGGGACCCUCGACGAGGGCGACGGCUUUCGGGCCGGUACCCGGAUUUCUCGGCUCUCGGGAAGCUGGAGGAACCGGCGGGACUGAAGCCACACGGCUGCACCGGCCUUGGGGAUGCGUCACUUGCCGGUCACCGGCUGCCUUGAGGCGAGGUGACGGCGGCACCGCUUUGACGGGUUCGGCUGGCGCGGCGGCAUUUCGUUCGCUUGGAUUUCGUUGCCUUUUCCCAAGCCGGCACCGUCUCGACUGACACCAAAUGGCAAAGGCGACGCUGGAGGUGGGCGCCGCCGGGCAGCGAGGCUUUGGGCGUUUGGGGCUGGCCUCUCCCCCGAAAAAAGGGGGGAGGGCGAAAAAAAGAAGAAAAAAGGAUGAACCCAAAUGAUAAAUUACUCAGAGCAUCAAUUAAAAAAAAAAUAAUCACGUCUCGAGAAGAAA